UCUAGUGUGCGAGCGUAUUACAAUUAAAAAAACGAAAACAAAUCGAAAAAAGACGGAAGUGAGUGAUUUCUGCUGCCGCCGGUGAUGUGUUGAAAUCGCCUUGCCAAAAUAGUCAAAGUCCUGUAGUGAUUUACCGUUUGCUAAUCGUCGAAACGAAGCGGAGUGGAGUAGAAAAAAAAAUACAACAGCAACAGCAAACAUGGCACUGAAGAAAGUGAAGGGUAACUUUUUUGAGCGUAUGUUUGAUAAAAACCUCACUGAUUUGGUGCGCGGCAUUAGGAACAACAAGGAUAAUGAGGCCAAAUACAUAUCGACUUGCAUCGAGGAGAUCAAACAGGAGCUGCGACAGGACAAUAUCAGUGUCAAGUGCAAUGCAGUGGCCAAGUUGACCUAUAUACAAAUGCUGGGCUACGACAUCUCCUGGGCUGGCUUUAACAUCAUUGAGGUGAUGAGCUCAUCCAGAUUUACCUGCAAGCGAAUUGGUUACCUGGCGGCCAGUCAAUGUUUUCAUCCGGAUAGCGAGCUGCUCAUGCUGACCACGAACAUGAUACGCAAGGAUCUCAAUUCACAAAAUCAAUACGAUGCUGGAGUGGCGCUGAGUGGGUUAAGCUGCUUCAUAUCACCCGAUCUGUCCCGCGAUUUGGCCAAUGAUAUUAUGACACUGAUGAGCUCAACAAAACCGUAUCUGCGUAUGAAAGCCGUCCUUAUGAUGUAUAAAGUAUUUUUACGCUAUCCCGAAGCAUUGAGACCUGCAUUUCCCAAACUCAAGGAGAAACUUGAGGAUCCAGAUCCAGGUGUUCAAUCAGCUGCCGUGAAUGUUAUUUGUGAAUUAGCGCGUAAGAAUCCAAAAAACUACCUGCCAUUGGCGCCGAUUUUCUUCAAGCUAAUGACCACAUCGACCAACAAUUGGAUGCUGAUCAAAAUCAUAAAGCUGUUUGGCGCUUUAACCCCCUUAGAACCCCGGCUAGGAAAGAAAUUAAUAGAACCACUCACAAAUCUAAUUCAUAGCACCUCGGCGAUGAGUCUCCUGUACGAGUGCAUCAACACGGUGAUCGCAGUACUAAUCAGCAUCAGCAGUGGCAUGCCCAACCACAGUGCCUCUAUCCAGCUUUGCGUCCAGAAGCUGCGCAUCCUUAUCGAGGAUUCGGAUCAGAACUUGAAAUAUCUAGGACUAUUGGCCAUGUCUAAAAUCCUAAAGACGCAUCCAAAAAGCGUUCAGGCGCACAAGGAUCUCAUUCUCGCCUGUCUGGAUGAUAAGGAUGAAUCUAUUCGCCUGCGUGCCCUGGACUUACUCUAUGGCAUGGUGUCGAAGAAAAACCUAAUGGAGAUCGUUAAGCGUCUACUGGGCCAUAUGGAGCGGGCAGAGGGUUCGGCUUAUCGAGACGAAUUGCUCUACAAGGUGAUCGAGAUAUGUGCCCAAAGUUCUUACCUAUACGUGACCAACUUCGAGUGGUACCUGACGGUUCUAGUGGAGCUUAUCCAGCUUGAGGCUGGCUCAAGGCAUGGUCGUCUAAUUGCUGAACAACUUCUUGACGUGGCCAUCAGAGUACCUGUGGUCCGGCAAUUCGCUGUCAACGAGAUGACCAACCUGCUGGACACGUUUACUGUUUCGGCGCAAAGUAACUCUAUGUACGAGGUGCUCUACGCCGCCGCAUGGAUUGUCGGCGAGUUUGCCGGCGAACUGGAGGAUGCGGAGAAGACUCUUAACAUCCUGCUCCGUCCAAGGCAACUGCCCGGUCACAUCCAGGGUGUUUACGUGCAGAACGUGAUCAAGCUAUUUGCCCGCCUGGCCACAACGUGUUUAGAGCUUCAGGAUCUGCCAGGAUUAGUUAGGGUAAGUGGUACUCCUGUUAAUUCUCAAAAGAGCUUUUAACUGAUCGGUACUAUUAUUUAGCUCUGUGAUCAUGUUCUGGAUAAGCUUCAACACUUCAAUGGUUCAAGCGACAUUGAAGUGCAAGAAAGAGCCAACUCUGCCUGCAUGCUGAUCGAGAUGCUGCGUAACCAGCUGUCCACGUCAGACGAUGCCUUGGCCAUGGAUACGACGACGGAGGGCGGCAUUCCGCCACUGGCCAUUGAGAUUGUCCAGGAGAUGACACUGUUAUUCGCAGGAGAGCUGAUUCCGGUAGCGCCCAAGGCGCAACGGAAGGUGCCCCUGCCAGAUGGCCUUGAUCUGGACGAAUGGAUCAAUGCACCACCGCCGGAAGAUGCGGCGAGCAGUUCAUCUUCGGAGCACGAUAAGGAUGAGCUCUUUGUUAGCGCUUCGCAGGGUGGAACGGGAGUGGAUGGUGGCGGAGGUAGUGGCGGCAAGCGGCGUCAGAGUCUGGAGCUGACGCCCGAGCAAUUGGAGCGACAGCGAAUGGCCCGUCUCAUUGAGCAGUCGAACAAUCCUCACUACCUCAAGUCCACGCCAACGGCCAGUGGUUCCUCAGCGAAUGCGGAUCAGUAUGACAAUAUUGAUGACAUACCCAUUACGGAGCUGCCGCUGGACAUGGAAGGCGUUGCGGCUCUGCGUGUGGGAAUUACCAAGCGUUCGGACAAAUAUCUUCAGGAGCAGCAGGCGUCGGCACAGGGCGGCAAGGAUGGCAAGAAAAAGCAUAAAAAGGGAAAAAAGAGCAAAAAGGCUAAGAACAAAGUGGCUUACAACAGCAGCUCCGAAUCAGAAGGAGAACCCAAACCCUUGCACAUUGUGAACACGACGCUGGACAUGCCAGAAGGUGUAUCAAUGUCGGACAGCGAGGACAAGGAUGGCAAAUACGAUCCAAAUGAUCCGCAUAGAGCUCUGGAUAUUGAAUUGGACAUAACGGACUUCGAGGCACCCGCGGUUAGGUCGUCGUCUAAAAAAUCAGCGGCGGGAAAAGAGAAUCUCAAGGUGCCAGCGGAAACAGCCGGCAGUAGUAGCACUUCCAAGAAGGACCGGAAAAAGGACAAAGACAAGGACAAAGAAAGGAAAUCGAAGCGUGAGCACAAGGAGGGCAAGAGAGAUCGCAAGGAGGUCGCUGCCCAGCCUGUGAUCGAUCUCAUCGAUGCCGAUACGCCCACUCCCAGUCCCAGCCACAUCUCCGCCCCCAGCAACAGCAACGAGAACAACAAUAUUUCAAACAUCCUUCCAGAUGCUGCCAGCUCCAAGCAUCAUAAAAAAAAGAAGAACAAGGAGAAAUCACGGGAAGCCGAACCCAAAGGAAUGGGUAGCAGCAUUAUAGAUAUGGGAAUGGAGGAGGAGCAGCCGGAACAAGAGGAGGGGCAGGUGGCAUCCAAGGCGCACAAGAAGAAGCAUAAAAAGGAGAAGACUCAGCGCAGUAAGGAGAAGAAGGCUUCCGAAUCUGCAUCAGCAUCUGUAUCCGUUUUGGCCAGCGACUACGAACAGCCAUUGGGAAUCUCAACGCCCAGCAAAGAGAUUUUUUAAUUGCUAAGCUCCAAGUUCCACUAUUAUAAUUAUCAUUAUUACGAUUAUUAUUUUUUUUUAUAUAAUCUCGAUUCAUUGCGCGUUUAUCCAACCAAAAAGGAUGAAGCGAAGCGAGCUUCAGACUUUCCAUUUUCGUUAAGUUCAAACAAUUGCCUCCUAAAGAAAAAAACAAACAAAUUAUCGCUGCGAUAUAAAAAGAAAACCAACAUUGAACAAAUUAAAAUUGCUAAAAUUAAAACAAAAUCAACAUAAACCGUAUAUAUAAAAAUAUAAAUAUAUAAAUAAUUAUUAAUAUAUAGAAGUGUAAUUUUAAAAUAUAAAAUGCCGCCAGUCUGCCAAUUGCGGCUUAAAAGAAGAAACAAAUGGAGAUAUAUAUUGAUCAGCUAUAAAAUCAUAAAUCGAUACUGAUCUGAUCGAUUCCUGUGUACUAUCUAUUUUUGAUGAAUUUGUAGCCUCUAGAGCAUGCGAUUCCACUAAACACACCCACGAAAAAAACACAGACAAUUAUACAUAUACAUAUAUACCGAUAGUUAUAUGGAUAUGGAAUUUUAUAAACAAAUCCCACACAGAAUAGAACAAAAAAAACUUCAUGGAUUGUAAAAUAAAAGGAAAGAAAUGAUAAUAUAUGUAUACAUGUGAACCAUAUGAAUCAAAUAUAAAGUACUGCUAUACCAUAAUUAAUUACUAACUAACUGAGAAAGAAACGGAACAGAUGCUAAGUGAAAUUAUACAUACAUACAUGCUAUAUUAUAUACAAACACCCACACACACACACAAACACAACCACAUAAAAAAUAUAUAAACGUUAAAUAAAUGAAAAGUACAAUACAGUUGAAUUUAAAUGGGAUUUAAUAAGAAAGAUUUGUGGUAUAAAAAUAAUAAAUUAUUUACAUUUACG